AUGCAUCAAGAAAAAGGUAAAAGAGUGAAAUCAAAGUCAGUGGUCAAUGAUGACACCAAUAGUACAGCGACAGAAGAAAUAGUUCCAGUAAAGAAAACUUCAAAUGCCACAAAGAUUUCAAACAUUGGAUUCAGAAGCAUGACUAAUUUGGCAUUAGAAAACAUGGGGUUGGAUACGAAAAUGGAGGGACCAACGUGGACAUCGAAAUGGGAAUCUAUUGCCGCUACUCUAUCGUUCGUUACCUGUUCUGGCAAUUUCUGGUUCUUCCCAUUUUUGUGCGGGUACUACGGUGGCUGGUUUCCAUAUCAGUUCACUCUCUGUUUCAUUUUUAUUGGUGUUCCUCUCCUCUACAUGGAAACUGCUCUGGGACAGUAUGCAUCUGCUUCACCAUUAUCGGUGUUUUCGAGAAUGGCUCCAGCGAUGGCUGGACUUUCCGCAGGAAUGUGUUUCAUAAUGGUUUUUAGAACGAUUAGUUUGUCAGUAUGGGCGAUUUAUAAUUUGACUAUAACUGCACAUGCUACUCGGUCAUUUUGGAAUGAACCCGAAUGGGAGAAUUGUCCAAACUCCAAAUUAGGAGACUAUUGCGUAAACUACAAACUAGCGAAGGAAUGUACUUGGGCUCAACCGGGAUCAUCUGAGCAAUGCGAUCAUUACCAAGACGUUUUGAUUGCUACAAGAGGGUUUCAACAGAGAAAGUCUCCGUUUAUGAGCUUUGUUCAUGGACUCAUGUAUACGGUUCGAGUUCGUGAUCACUACGAACAUAGUUUCUUUUUUCAGAAAGAUUUGAGUGUCAAUGAUUGGGAACCACCCAGCUACACGUCGAUCACAUGUGCUGUUGCUCUCUGGAUUACAAUUGGAAUAGUUUCUAUUGGUGGAUCAAAAGUUCUAGGUAGAACAGGAAUUGUUUCUCUUGUUCUGUUACUGAUAGGAAGUCUUAUGUUGAUUUCAUUUGGAAUUUCGUUCGGAGAAUCGGGAGUUGUUGUCACUUCAUUCUUCUAUCCAUCAGAAGCAUUCGAUGAUAAAUGGAUGUGGGUGUGGUCCUGGACCGAUGCAGCAGCACAUGCUCUACGAGCAUUGAACGUCGGGUGUGGGGGAAUUCAAAAAUUCGCUUCCCUGAACAACUUUCAUAACAAAAUACACAAAGAUGUUUUAAUUGUUAGUAGCAUAUCCUAUUUGUUCUAUCUAUGCACCGGGAUAUUCUCAUUCAUGUUCAUGGCCGUAAUUGGAAAAGAGUACUACCCAGAUCUGGAGGCAAGCGAACGAAUCAAGUUAUAUGCGACACCAGCAUUGAUCGAAAGCGUUAUAUCUGAGAAGUUAACUCAAUGUAAACUUGGAGUAUUCUGGGUUUUUCUUUUCUGGGUGACACUUGCAGCAUGUUCGAUACAAGGGAUUUCCGGAUAUAUUUGGGUGAUGAGUUCAAUGAUUGUCGAAAGACUAAACGGAAGUCGGCGAAAAUACGGAAAACCUCUCACAGGCUGGCACAAGAGAGCCAUAAUUUUGACAAUCAUGAGCAUUACAGGACUGAUUUCUAGUUUACCAUUCUUGGGGAACGGUGGGAUAAAUCUUAUGAGCAACAUUGAAACCCACGCAUCCUAUGGUACUAUUUUCAUCGCCUUCGUCGAAAUCAUCACUGUUUCGUAUUUAUAUGGGUUCAAGCGAUUUUCUGUGAAUAUUCGUGCAAUGAUUGGUGGCCGCGGACCUCCGAAUAUCUUUUGGUGGCUUAACUGGCUCGUUAUAAGUCCCCUGCUUUUGAUUGUAACUUUCGGAUGCAUAGUGGCAACCUUCGGACAGCAAAAGGCUUUUAACGAUACCUCCAUAAUCACUUGCGUAAUUGGCUAUUUUUUGCUAAUUAUGCCAUUCGUUUUAGUCGUGUUCUACUUUUUGAGAGAGGAGUAUGACAGAAGAAGGAACAUGGAACCAUUUGUGGUUAUGAUAAGGGCUACUGGUGACUGGGGACCAAUGAAUCCAGAAAACAGACGUAAAGCAGUGAAAUACGAAAGACAACUACGCGUUCGCUACUGA